GACGACCUAUGAGGAUAUAAGAAGUCAAGCGUUGAUCCCACACCUUCACUAUACCAAACUUCGAGUUCUUCGAUCGUUUGCUCGGGGAUAUUAAUUUUUCUUUUCAAAAUAUCCGUAACUGAUUAUUCUUCAAACCAUUAUUUAGCAGAAUGUUCCGUCUCUUCAUUCUCGUCGCCGGUGUUGUUGCCGUGGCGAACGCUUUCGGAACCGGGGCACCCGCAACUGUUUGCGGAAACCUCACGCCCAAGCAUCCAGCGGAACCUCAGACGGGCCCGUCGCCCUAUUCCAUCUCCAUAAACAAGGGGGCUAUAAAACGAGGCGAUGAAGUUAAGGUCACUCUGGAAGGCAUCACAGCCCAGGAUAAAUUCAAAGGUUUUUUGGUAAAGGCCGAACUCGGCGAUAAAACCGUAGGAAGAUUCGAAGUCGAUCCCACUGACCCAGAGGUUCAGACCAUCAACUGCCCCAACGGACAAAAGAACGCCGCCACCCACCGAAACCCCGACGAGAAGUCGAAGAUUUCGAUAAACUGGAUCGCUCCCGAAGAUCUUGAAGGAGUUGUGGUCUUCAAGGCGACCUUCGUCAAGGACGGACUCACCUUCUGGGUUGCCCAGACUUCUUCCGCUCUUACUGUCCACCACUAACUGUAGAAUUCGUUACCGAAACAGUAUAAUCCAGGAGUACUAUGCGGAAACAUUGCGAGAAUUUCUACCUAGGGUGCAGGGUGUAGAUCAUAGAUCAUAGAUCAUAGAUCAUGAAUCGGAGAUCGGAGAUGUCACAAGUCACGGAUCACAUCAGGGAUACAAAAUUGCGAAAUGUAAUUAUUUUUACCACGGAGUUUCGCGAGUUUGGCGAACCUCGGAGUUUUGGUAUAGAAGCCAUUAGAUUUUUGUACGCACUGAUUCGUUAUAAUCUGUCUUUACCUUGUUCUUCAAUCAUUUUUUUUUUUUUGUCUUUUUUUUUUUAUCUAUUUCAACGGCACUAUAGAUUGAUAAUUUGCACCUAGUUUUAACAGAUAAAUAACGACAACGACAGCAAAAAUUCAAUUUUUGUACCGCAUGAAGUGUAAAUUACCUGCAUAUCAUUAAUAUACGAAAAAAAAAUGAAAAUAAUUACUUCAACGAAUCACACGAAGCUAGUCAGACGUUGAGAUGGCGUUGUGUGUGUCGUAUAUUUUCAUUUUUCAAUUGGAAUAAAAUAUAUGUAUGCACCGGACUUGACCAAAUAUAUAUAUCUAUACAUACA